GCACCGUGGGGCCGGGCACCCCUCUGCACCCGAUUUCGUGCCCUGUCCUCAAACGGGGAAAAACGGCGAGGGUUGAGGAAAAUGAGGGAGCAACAGCGGUGCUCCCCCAGGAGCUGCAGGAAGGCCGCGCGAGCGGCGCCCAGCCCCGGCCAGCCUCCCAGGGAGUAGCUGCAUUCCUUAAAAUUCAGCGAUGAGUAAUUAUUCAAAAUAAUUAAGGGUUUGACAGCUGCUCGGCAGCAUAGUUUACAUUGCACCGGUGCUGCGGUUGUUCCGCCCUUUUACCUGCGAGAGGCUCGCCCCGAGGAGCGACACGCGCUGCGGGUGAAUGGUGCUCCUGCAGGAAGCAUCGUGCUCGGGGAAGAGCCGGAAAGGGCGGCCGCGCCGAGGGCAGGAUCCUAAACCGCCCUAAAUCCCCGCGUCUCACCCCAAAUCCCCGCGUUUCGCCCCGAUUCCUCACCUUCACCCUCCUCGCAGCCUCCAGAACCGUGCGAGCCGGUACCUCGGCUGCUGGGGGCGACCUCGCCGAGGGGUUCGACGAAGGGAUCAGGCGUUGGGGGGUAAACGUCGGCCACCCGACGCCGGGGAUCGGCGAGAACUGAGCCGCUGCCGGCGCGCGCAGUAUGGGCCCGAGGGAUUUCCUCGCCCCGGCGCCCCACCUGGCCUGAGAGCUGCCACCCCUCCGUCCGCUGAGCGCCGGAGCCGCGAACACUAAUCCUCUCGGAAGCGGUGGGCUGGGACAGGAUGUGCGGACGAUGAUGAUGGCAAGAAAGCAAGAUGUUCGCAUUCCCACCUAUAACAUUAGCGUGGUGGGGUUGUCGGGGACGGAGAAGGAGAAGGGGCAGUGCGGCAUUGGGAAAUCCUGCCUUUGCAACCGCUUCGUCCGGCCCAGCGCCGACGAGUUUCACCUGGACCACACUUCGGUCCUCAGCACCAGUGACUUUGGGGGAAGGGUCGUCAAUAACGACCACUUCCUCUACUGGGGGGAGGUCGUGCGCUCCCUGGAGGACUGCGCCGAGUGUAAAAUGCACGUGGUGGAGCAGACGGAGUUUAUCGACGACCAGACCUUUCAGCCUCACCGCAGCACGGCCCUGCAGCCCUACAUCAAGCGGGCUGCGGCGACCAAGCUGGCGUCGGCUGAAAAGCUCAUGUACUUUUGCACUGAUCAGCUCGGGCUGGAGCAGGACUUUGAACAAAAACAGAUGCCGGACGGAAAGCUGCUGGUCGAUGGCUUUCUUCUUUGCAUUGACGUUAGCAGGGGUAUGAACAGGAACUUUGACGAUCAGCUGAAAUUCGUUUCGAACCUUUACAAUCAGCUCGCGAAAACGAAAAAGCCCAUCGUGGUGGUCCUGACGAAGUGUGACGAGGGCGUGGAGCGGUACAUUAGGGAUGCACAUACUUUUGCCUUAAGCAAAAAGAACCUCCAGGUGGUGGAGACGUCGGCCAGAUCCAACGUGAACAUCGACCUGGCCUUCAACACCUUAGUGCAGCUAGUCGACAAAAGCCGGGGAAAGACAAAAAUCAUCCCCUACUUCGAAGCUUUGAAACAGCAAAGCCAGCAGAUUGCUGCCGCUAAGGACAAGUACGAGUGGCUGGUGAGCCGUAUCGUCAAGAACCACAACGAGACGUGGUCGAACGUCAGCCGCAAGAUGCAGUCCUCGGCGGAGUACCAGGAGUACGUCUACCUGGAGGGAACGCAGAAGGCCAAGAAGCUCUUCCUACAGCACGUCCACCGCCUCAAGCAGGAGCACAUCGAGCGCAGGAGGAAGAUGUAUCUCGCCAAGCUCCCUCAGGCGUUCGAGGCCCUCAUCCCGGACCUGGACGAGAUCGAUCACCUGAGCUGCGUGAAGGUGGAGAAGCUCUUAGAGGCGAAGCCGGACUUUCUGAAGUGGUUUGUCGUCCUGGAGGAGACCCCCUGGGACGCCACGAGCCACAUCGACAACAUGGAGAACGAGCGCAUCCCUUUCGACCUGAUGGAGACCCAGCCCGCCGAGCAGCUUUAUGAGGCUCACUUGGAGAAGCUGAGGAACGAGAGGAAAAGAGCGGAGAUGAGGAGAGCUUUCAAAGAAAACCUGGAGACUUCCCCUUUCAUCACGCCUGGGAAGCCCUGGGAGGAAGCCCGCAGUUUCAUCAUGAACGAGGAUUUCUACAUGUGGCUGGAGGAGUCUAUCUACAUGGAUAUCUACAGCAAGCACCAAAAACAGAUCAUCGAGAAGGCCAAGGAGGAGUUUCAGGAGCUGCUCCUGGAGUACUCGGAGCUGUUCUACGAGCUGGAGCUCGACGCCAAACCCAGCAAGGAGAAGAUGGGCGUCAUCCAGGACGUGCUGGGAGAAGAGCAGCGGUUCAAAGCCUUGCAGAAGCUGCAGGCCGAGCGGGACGCCCUGAUCUUGAAGCACAUCCAUUUUGUCUACCACCCGACGAAGGAGACGUGCCCGAGCUGCCCGGAUUGCAUCGACUCCAAGAUCGAGCACCUGGUCAGCUCCUGCUUCAUCAGGCCGUCCGAGCGCAACCAGAAGAACUUGCUCUCGGACGCCAACAUCGACAGGAUUAACCUGGUGAUCCUGGGCAAGGACGGGCUGGCGCGUGAGCUGGCCAACGAGAUCCGGGCGCUGUGCACCAACGACGACAAGUACGUGAUCGAGGGCAAGAUGUACGAGCUGUCCCUGCGGCCAAUCGAGGGCAACGUCCGGCUGCCCGUCAACGCCUUCCAGACGCCCACCUUCCAGCCCCACGGCUGCCUCUGCCUCUACAACUCCAAGGAGUCGCUCUCCUACGUCGUGGAAAGCAUCGAGAAGAGCAGGGAGUCGACCAUCGGCCGGAGGGAGAAUCACUUGGCCCACCUUCCCCUGACCCUGAUGCUGGUCAACAAGAGAGGGGACACGAGCGGCGAGACGCUCCACAGCCUGGUCCAGCAGGGCCAGCAGAUCGCGAGCAAGCUGCAGUGCGUCUUCCUCGACCCCGCGUCCGCGGGCAUCGCCUACGGCCGUAACAUCAACGAGAAGCAGAUCAGCCAGGUUCUGAAGGGGCUGCUGGACUCGAAGCGCAACCUCAACCUCGUCAGCUCCACGUCCAGCAUCAAGGACCUGGCGGACGUGGACCUGCGGAUCGUCAUGUGCUUGAUGUGCGGCGAUCCCUUCGACGCCGACGACCUCCUCGCGCCCAUCCUGCAGUCGCAGACGUACCGGCCCUCGCCGUGCGGCAGCAGCAGCUCCAUCCUCCUCGAGCUGGCCGUCGGGCCGCACAGGCGGCGCCUGGAGCUCUCGCUGCUUUCCUACCACUCGUCGUUCAGCGUCAGGAAAAGCCGCCUCGUCCACGGGUACAUCGUGUUCUACGCAGCGAAGCGCAAGGCGUCCUUGGCCAUGCUCCGUGCCUUCCUGUGCGAGGUGCAGGACAUCAUCCCCGUGCAGCUCGUGGCGCUCACGGACGGCGCCGUCGACAUCCUGGACAAUGACCUGAGCAGGGAGCAGCUCACCGAGGGCGAGGAGAUCGCCCAGGAGAUCGACGGCAAGUUCACCGCCAUACCCUGCAGCCAGCCGCAGCACAAGCUCGAGAUCUUCCACUCGUUUUUCAAGGACGUGGUGGAGAAAAAAAACAUCAUCGAAGCCACCCACAUGUACGACAACGUGGCCGAGGCGUGCAGCACGACGGAGGAAGUGUUCAACUCGCCUCGGGCGGGCUCGCCGCUCUGCAACUCCAACCUGCAGGACUCGGAGGAGGACAUCGAGCCCCCGACCUACAGCCCCUUCAGGGAGGACACGGCUGUGCCCGCCCUGCCCAAAGACCACUCGAAGCUCUCCAUGGAGCUGGAGGGGAACGACAGCUUGUCUUUCAUCUCCGUCAUGAGCACUUUUGAAAGCAAGCUGAACAACAAAGUACCUCCUCCUGUGAAACCAAAGCCCCCCGUGCAUUUUGACAUCACGAAGGGGGAUCUGUCGUAUUUGGAGCAGGGGCAUCGGGACGGGCAGAGGAAGUCCGUGUCUUCCAGUAGCUGGCUGCCCACAGAUGGCUUCGAUCCCUCCGACUACGCCGAGCCGAUGGACGCCGUGGUCAAGCCGAGGAACGAGGAGGAGAACAUCUACUCCGUGCCCCACGACAGCACGCAGGGCAAGAUCAUCACCAUCCGCAACAUCAACAAGACCCAGUCGAACGGCAGCGGCAACGGCUCAGACAGCGAGAUGGACACGAGCUCGCUGGAGCGGGGCCGCAAGGUGUCGGCCGUUAGCAAGCCCGUGCUGUAUCGGACGCGCUGCACGAGGCUCGGCCGCUUUGCCAGCUACCGGACCAGCUUCAGCGUGGGCAGCGACGAUGAGCUGGGGCCGAUUCGGAAGAAGGAGGAAGACCAGAGCUCCCAAGGGUAUAAGGGCGACAACGCCGUUAUCCCCUACGAGUCGGCGGACGGGGAGGAUCCCCGGCGGAGGAACAUCCUGCGCAGCUUGAGGAGGACAACGAAGAAACCAAAGCCCAAGCCUCGGCCGUCCAUCACGAAGGCGAUGUGGGAAAGCAACUACUUCGGGGUGCCUCUGAGCAGCGUGGUAACUCCGGAGAAACCCAUCCCCAUCUUCAUCGAGAGGUGCAUCGAGUACAUCGAGGCCACAGGGCUGAGCACCGAAGGCAUCUAUCGCGUGAGCGGCAACAAGUCCGAGAUGGAGAGCUUGCAGCGGCAGUUUGACCAGGAUCACAGCCUGGACCUGGCAGAGAAGGAUUUCACCGUGAACACUGUGGCCGGGGCCAUGAAGAGUUUCUUCUCGGAGCUGCCCGACCCCCUGGUCCCGUACAACAUGCAGAUCGAGCUGGUGGAGGCCCACAAAAUCAACGACCGGGAGCAGAAGCUCCACGCGCUGAAGGAGGUGCUGAGGAAGUUUCCCAAGGAGAACUACGAGGUCUUCAAAUACGUCAUCGGGCACUUGAACAAGGUCAGCCACAACCACCGGGUGAACCUGAUGACGAGCGAGAACCUCUCCAUCUGCUUCUGGCCCACGCUGAUGAGACCCGACUUCAGCACCAUGGACGCCCUGACGGCCACCCGCACCUACCAGACAAUCAUCGAACUCUUCAUCCAGCAGUGCCCCUUCUUUUUCUACAACCGGCCCAUCCUCGACACCCCCAGUGCCGCCCCCGGCUCUCCAUCCGCCGCCCCCACCGGCGCCCCCUUCCUCCCCGCCGCGCCGGGCACGGCCCAGCCUUCUCCCCCCCAGACCCCUCCGCCGUCACCGCAGUCGCCCGUCCAGCCUCUCCUCCCGGCCCCGCUCCACGCGGAGCAGCACUCGCUGUGAGCCGGAGAGAGAGAUGGAGGGGGGGGGGGAAAGAAAACAAAAAAAAAAAAAAAGAAAAAAAAAAAACAACAAAAAAUCUCUCGGUCUGGUCUCAGGCGCCGCGUGGAGCCGGGCGGCGGGAGCUGGGCUUGUGCUCGCCCUCUCCUGACCCGCCGCAGACUUGGGAGCGCGCCGGGGCGCCCGGACUGGCCCUGGGAGGAUUUUUCCCACCUUUCAUUGCAGUCAGGGGGCGAGGAGAGGGUGGGGGCUGAGCCCCGGCUUUGGGCUCGGCUGCGGACGUGAGCGGAAAGCCGCCGGGGCUCAGCGCCGCCAAGCCCCUCGUGUCCCGUGGGCUGCGGCCGCGGCGCAAACAAUGGGGCCCGAAGCGCGGCCAGCGCGACCUGGGGCUCAGCUGGCGUCGUCUGGUGCAGCCCGAGGCUCUCCUGAUGUGGUCCAGCAUGGUCCAAAACCCAUCCAGCGUGGUCCAGCGUGGUCAAGCACCUCUCCAGUGUGGUCCAGCACAGUCCGGGGCUCAUCCUAUGUGGCCCAGGGUUCAUCUGAUGUGGUCCAACGCUCAUCGUACAUGGUCCAGCACAGUCCAGGGUUCAUCUGAUGUGGUCUAGCACCCAUCCAACGUGGUCCAGCACAGUCCGUGGCUCAUCCUACGUGGCCCAGAACUCAUCUGGUAUGGUUCAGCACUCAUCCUACAUGGUCCAGCACAGUCCGGGGUUCAUCUGAUGUGGUCCAGCGCUCAUUCAGCGUGGUCCAGCGCAGCCCAGGGUUCAUCUGCCAUGGCCCGACGCUCAUCCAAAGUGGUCCAGCACAGCCCGAGGCUCCUCCACCACAUCCAAGGCUCCUCCAGCGUGAUGCAGUGUGGUCCAAGGCUCACCCAGUGCGGUCUGACGUGGCCCAAGGCUCACCCGAUGUGGUCCAGUGCGGCCCGCGCUCUCCUGCUGUGGUUCAGCACAACCCAAGGCUUAUCCAACGUGGCCUGGGCCUCAUCCUGUGUGGUCCCGCGAGGCCCGAGGCUUGUCCGACACGGCUCAAGUUGGGCCAGUGCAGCCCCAAACCAACCGAGGCUCACACAAGAUGGCCCAAAGCUCCCGUGAGGUGGCCCCAAAACUCACGUGAGGUGGCCCAAGGCUCAUCCAGCAUGGCCCAAACCAUCUCAAGGCUCAUCCAGCAUGGCCCAAAGCUCGUCCAACAUGGCCCAAGGCCCAGCCAACGUGGCCCAAACCACCUCAAGGCUCAUCCAAUGUGGCCCAAACCACCUCAAGGCUCAUCCAACGUGGCCCAAGGCCCAUCCAACGUGGCCCAAGGCCCAUCCAGCGUGGCCCAAGACCCAGCCAACGUGGCCCAAACCACCUCGAGGCUCAUCCAACGUGGCCCAAACAAUCCCAAGGCUCAUCGAGCACAGCCCAAGCCAUUACCCAACGCAUUCUGAACCACCCCAAGGCUCACACGAGGUGGCCCAGCGCUCCCCCAACACAACCCGAACCAUCCCAAGGCUCACGCCAGGUGGCCCGAGGCUCACCCAACGCAUUCCAAACCAUUCCAAGGCUCGCCCACCCUGGCCCGACGCAUCCCAGGACCCAUCCUGCGCCCCGAGGCCCCUCCAGCAGCACCCAACCCUUGUCCGACCUCCCCGGGACCGACCCUAAAUCGGGGCCGUUUCCCUCAAAUCGCACCGCGAGCGAGCACCGGAGCAGGAAAACCUUCGAGGGCGCCCGGCCGCCCGCUCAACGCUGCCUUUUUGCCGGGAACGCCACAUUUCUCCCCGUUUCCAGGAAUUCUGGCAUUAAGCACUUACCGGAGGGGAGCUGGGGGGACCCCAAUCCGUUUUGUCUGGAUUUGUGUUUUUUUUUGUUGUUGUUGUUUGUUUAUUUUUUCCCCAUUUUUUUUCUUUUCCUCCAGAAACGCCGGUGCUGAUUUUUAAGGGGAGGCUGGGUGGGUUUCGUUUUGGGGAAGGAAACCCGGAAUUUGGCUGCCGUGACCGCGGCGAGGAUGCCCGAGCCUUCCCCUGCCACCGCCGUCGGCCUCCCCCAGUCCGGGGGCGGCUUUAAACUGGAUUUUCAUGGUACCACUGGGAGAGCACAGGGAAGGCUCCUCCCGCCCCUCCCGGGUCUCUUCGCACUUUAACGCCGCCGUUUCCCCAGGAUUUCCCUCGUUUUCCCCCCAGGAUUUCCCUCGCCGCUCGCAGGAACGCCCCCGAUGCCCCCCCAGUGAGGAAAACAGCCGGACCCCCCCCC